AUGUUCGACCCUGCUCCCUGUGCUGUGACCAGCACCAAACCUAAGAUCCACACUUCCACUCUCUCCUCUUCUUCCUCUUCUUCCUCCCUGCGUUCGCAAUGGUAUAGCGACCGAACUCGCUCGCCGCGAAUGUCGCCUACCUUUCCUAUUCCUGACCUCCAAACUACCACCCGCUCGCGACCCGACAGCCAGAUCCCCAAACGUCUCUCUGUGUUUGGUGCUCGCUCUCGAAACAGCGCUGCCCCCUCAAUCGCUUCCCCCUACAGCUCUCCCGCUUCGUCUAUGACCAGCGUAGACACUCUCUUCCGAAGACCUUCUCAGGACAGCAAGCUCUCUCACGCUACUGGUCCCUCACAGAAAGAAGGCAGCUCUUCCAAGUCCUUGUUGUUGCGUGGCACGCGCAUUCUGAAGCGCCGAGGAAACAAAUUUAGUAUUUCAUCCAGCUUAACUCUAGACGAGGAAGACGAGAUGACUAAAGGAGCUCAGUCUGGAUCCCAGAGACUGGAUGGAUCAGGUGUCUUCUAUCGUAGCCACAGAGCGCGGCACAGUGAUACCCGUGACCUAAAACGGAAUAUCUCUGACCCCUUCGACUUCCAGCAUGUUACACACACCAGCCCUGGUCAAUUGCCCGAUUUGGAGAACAGUCAGCUUCUUGAUAUAGCCACGGAACUAUCUGUUAUCAGGGCCUCACAGCGCCCUGUCAACGAACUGAAGGGUAUUAGAGCUGAAAACCUACAUUCCCAAAAAUAUCCGUCCGAUGCUAUCUCCAAACAUGACGCCAGCUCAUACACAACGGAGUUGAAGUCCCAAUAUGCCUGGAACCCUCCACGGUUACAUAACUCACAGACUUUCCCCAAUUCGCCUUCCAGGUUGGGACCAACUCGAGAUUCUCGAUUUAUUGAAAACUUCUCUCGUCCAGUAUCCCGGCUAUCCCGACAACAUUCGUCACCGUCAAUGAUCGGUCCUCCCCGGUCGUCUUCGAAGUUGGCAACCCCGGAUAUUCCAGAGCCAUCGCCCCAGACUAUCGAUGCCCUGCUUGGCCUCCACUCGACAUUGGCAGUCCCGGAGACUUUAUACGAAAAUUCACACCAGUCAACCUUGCCGAUGCUGGUUUUCCCCAGCGAUUUCCCUGAUGCCGGGAAUGCACCCAUCACUGAGGAUGGUAAACCUGCUAAGGCCCGAUCUCCAACGUCAACUACCCACGCUUUUGAUCUCACAGACGUUCUGGAGGAAGACGAGACCGUUGUAAUUCGCCAUAGUGAGGCGCACCACUCGGGGCCUGCAACUGACUCCGAACCUUUCCGCUUUGGUCAAUCCACCUCCCGAGUGAACAUCGAUAAACCCCUACCUGGCCUGCCUGUGCAUAUAGAUUCAACUUCAGAUCUGCUUCCAUCUCCUACAAUUCCAACCAAUGGAACCCCUUCUAAUGAAUAUUUUGAUACCAAGACCAAGAAGAGGGAAUCCAGGAAGCGGAUCUCAGUUAUGCUUCGACCCACAGAUGACUUGACAUGGGAGGACGAUAUUGAUUAUUGUUAUAAGCAUGCUGCUGAGUCUAAUUCAAAUUUUGACUGGCACCGCACAUCGUUUGAAGAGCCUGAGGUGAAAGCAAGAUUCGCGAGGCUUGCUCCUGAUACGUGGCCUGAGACUGUCAUUUCCAAGUGCAAUGACACUGAGAAUCCCAAUGGAGUUGCGAUACCCGCUGUAAACCAAAAUCAAGAGAACCUAGAUGAAUCGGAACAGAGUGAUCAGACCGUUGUCGCUGGCUGUUUGGUUUUAGAACAAUCCUCCUUUCCCGCGAAAAAUGGAGGUAUCAGCCCCAUUACUACGAGAAGUAUUCCGGUCUGUCUUGAAAGUGACUCACUAGCACAAGGUGGCUACUUCAGAUCUGAGCAUGUGCCAAUUCUCUCAGCGUCGUUUGACGACUUCUCAUCCAACCAGUCUUACGAUAGCUUCAUCCCCAGCGACCCUAAGUUCGACGACGGCUACCCCCUUUACACCCAGACUCCCGUAGUUGAAUCAUUCGAUUCUUCCCAUGGAAGCAGCUCGCCAAUGAGCAAGUACAAUUCCCAGGAAAGCAUUAUUUCGCACGCAGCAUCUGUUGCCCGAAAACAUCAUUCCUCACUCUCCACAACUAGCGUUCCCGAUCUAGUUCACAGCCCCAGCUGCAGCCUUUCAGUCGUGGAUCGUGACUCCAUGUCUUCCACUGGUGAACAGCCUAAGCAAAGUAUCUCCAUGGUCACCCCCAUUUCUCACCCGCUUAUCCAUCAACGCAGCAAAAGUCUUGCGCGCGAACUUACCCAGCAACGAAUUCCAAGCAUCUCCCCAAGUGGCGGAGAUUACAGUUCUGACAUCUCACCGCAUGUGCCCAUGGCACCGGUACAUGACCGUGCCAAGUCUGCGUCUGCCCUUGACAUGCUGGACACUUCCUCGUCGAAGAAUAAGGUGCCAGAGGGUAGGCGGAAACGGUCUGCUACCGUUACUCGUGGGCCGAGUGGUCAGAAGACGCGAAAAUCGUAUUCACUUUUCCCCACCGCGGUGGCAGGUCCUCCUUCGCGGUAA